CCCCAUUCGAUCCCUCUACACACAUCACCCGUGUCAUCCGUUCGCGAGCCAAAUUAGCUGCCCAGCAUGGAUUCCGAGUCCGAGCACGACCACCGCGACGAGGAGAGCCUCUCCGAAAAUGAAGAGGUGGAAGAGCAGAAGCCAAAAUCCGCGUUGAAAAAGACCCGCGAUGCUCCUCCUCCCGUGGAGAGGCCAGAGCUUCCUGAACAGCCCAACCCGCAAGACGUAGACUUCUCCAAAUUGAGCCCAUUAUCGCCCGAGAUCAUCAGCCGGCAGGCCACUAUAAAUAUUGGUACCAUCGGUCACGUCGCUCACGGAAAGAGUACGGUGGUGAAGGCAAUCUCUGGUGUCCAGACUGUCCGUUUCAAGAACGAGUUGGAGCGAAAUAUCACAAUCAAGCUCGGAUAUGCAAACGCAAAGGUCUACAAGUGUGACAACGAAGAGUGCCCCCGACCGACCUGCUACAGGUCGUACAAGAGUGAGAAGGAGGUGGACCCACCGUGUGAGCGUGAAGGCUGCUCUGGUACCUACCGAUUACUUCGUCAUGUCUCUUUCGUCGACUGCCCCGGUCACGACAUUCUCAUGAGCACUAUGUUGUCAGGAGCCGCCGUCAUGGACGCCGCUUUGCUUCUCAUUGCAGGAAACGAAACCUGCCCACAGCCCCAGACCAGUGAACAUCUUGCUGCCAUCGAGAUCAUGAAGCUCAACCACAUCGUUAUCCUGCAAAACAAGGUCGAUCUGAUGAGAGAGGAUGGUGCUGCUGCACACUACCAAUCUAUCCUACAGUUCAUCCGAGGAACUGUUGCCGAUAAUGCACCCGUCAUUCCUAUCUCGGCCCAGUUGAAGUUCAACAUCGACGCCAUCAAUGAGCAACUCGUCAACCACAUUCCAGUGCCGAUUCGCGAUUUCACUGCCAAGCCCCACAUGAUGGUCAUUCGUUCUUUCGAUGUCAACAAGCCCGGUGCUGAAAUUGAUGAUUUGAAGGGAGGUGUUGCCGGUGGCAGUAUCUUGAACGGUGUGUUGAAGCUCGGAGACGAGAUCGAGAUUCGACCUGGUAUUGUCUCGAAGGACAACACCGGCAAGAUUCAGUGCAAGCCCAUCUUCUCACGAGUCGUGUCCCUGUUCGCUGAGCACAACGACUUGAAGUUCGCCGUGCCCGGUGGUUUGAUCGGUGUUGGAACUCGCGUCGACCCUACCUUGUGCCGUGCCGAUCGUCUUGUUGGUUUCGUCCUUGGUCUCCGUGGACAUCUUCCUAAUAUCUACACCGAGUUGGAGGUCAACUACUUCCUUCUCCGAAGGUUGUUGGGUGUCAAGACUGCCGAUGGCAAGCAGGCAAAGGUUGCCAAGCUGUCCAAGAACGAAGUUUUGAUGGUCAAUAUUGGAUCAACUGCUACUGGUGCCAAGGUCAUCGCCGUCAAGGCCGAUGCCGCCCGUCUAUCUCUCACCUCGCCAGCAUGCACAGAGAUUGGCGAGAAGAUUGCACUGUCCCGACGUAUCGAGAAGCACUGGCGAUUGAUUGGAUGGGCAAACAUUGUUGCAGGAAACGUGCUCAAGCCACAAGAAGACUGAGAGCAGCACAUGCAUCAAUGAGCGCCGUUUGCGGGGAAGGGGGAACGAAAAAGUCGAUGCAGAUACGAAACAGAUGUACAUGCAAUGCAGAGAUGGGUUAUGGGUGAUGAAGGGUACCGGUAGAGUCGACUGUACGGACUAGCAUUCAUGCAAGGUUUCAGGCAUUGGGACUGGUUCUGGUGCAUCUUUUGGCAUGGCUUGCGAGGGGUGUGGGGCUCUCUUACUCUUACAUCGUCAUCCGGAGUAUAGACGGAGUUAAAAAAACAGCAAAGACACGAAGGGCCCUCUCCAAAGGUGCGGAAUGUAAGCCAGUAUUCCUGUGCCUCAUCACACAAGCAAAAAGACGUUCAAUUAUUGCGUGCACUGGUAGCGUGAGCUAUUGCAUCCGUGAUUCUCAGUAUACCGUGUCAUUCAAAAUAGUAGCUUGUAGUAGUAGUAGUCCUCGUCGUCUUCGCCGUAAAAAUAACACAAGAUCAAUUGAUAAAGUGG